AUGGAUAUUUAUGAUUUAAAGACAAAGUGCAAUGGAAAAUCUAGUUGCAGUUAUAUAAGAAGUAGGAGAUGGAGAACAUGUCACAGUCGGUAUCUGUCUUUAACAAAAAGUAUAAUUCAGUAUGAUUGUGUACGAUAUUAUUCGGAAACAACAACAUCUGUAACAAUACUACCAUCAAGUGAAUCAACCAAGGUUACGGCCUUCACAGAAUCUAAUACACAAUACAGAAAAUACACUACUUCUAACCAACACUCAACAUCAAUUGGACGGAUGAAUACAAACACGCCUGUUACAAGUACAAUGUCACCUUUACAAGCACCUUCUAAUAAAUCAAAUGAUGAUGCGGUUAUUGCUGGUAGUGUUAUUGGUGUUUUGGGUGCUCUGGCUCUUAUCUUUCUACUUGGAUGUUUUGUUAUGAAAAGAAGAAAAACAGAUAAACACAAAACCACCAGGCAAGAAAGCGUAUCAAAUGUUGUUAGCCAAAAUUCAAAUGUGUUAUAUGUUGUAUCUGAAAAUGGUCCAUCAAUACCAGGGCGUGAUGAUGAUGAACCUCCAGCCUACAGUUCUGUAGAUGAUAUUCCUGACCAGAAUCAUAUUUAUAUCAAUGCUGAUUAUGAAAAGGGUCAAGAUUUAAAUCAUCAACAAACCAACUAUUACAAUCAUAUCCAUGGUACAGGUGUCAGGAAUCCGCUCCAAAACGAUAACUACAAUCAUACAGAUUCAGAAGCCCUUAAAAUAUCAGGUAGACAAGGGGAUGACUAUAACCACAUUUCUGUUUCUGGACGAAGUGAAAAUCUUCCGACCGAAAUGGACGAUGGCUACAACCACAUCCGAUCUACUGAAGGUGCUGUAAGCCACGGUACUGAUGAUAACAAUCAUAUUGGUGGUCACACUGACGGUGGUGAAGAGAAUACAGGAUAUUUGGCGGAUGAUUACAGCCACUUGGAUAAUAGUAAAAAGCAGAAUACUUCUGAAGGCGAGCAAUCUACUGGUAUGGAAAAUCGUGUGAUGCAAAGAAGCAACAAUGAGUCCGAAUCAGAGAAUGAUUACGCUAAUAUCGGUAGACAAAUAGUCAAUGAUGAUGCUAAUGAUUUUGAACCUGAUGAUACCUAUAUUUAUACUUAA